AUGCCUGCUACAGAAAUAACUCCACAGAGACGAUAUAGUUCAUUUUCUAUUAACAGUUAUCGUUCAAGUAAUAGUUCUGUUAAUAAUACUAAUACUAAUAAUACAUCUAGAUCUAGGAAAAAUAGUUUUGGAAUCUCAUCUUUAUUCGGUUCAUUAAAUUUUUCAUCAUCAAAUUCAAAUUCAAGAAACGUUUCUAAUAAAAUGAUUUCAACUGCUACGCCAAGAGAUUUUAAUAAUGACGAUAUCGACAACAUUAAUAAUAAUUUAGGUCGAAGUAAUGAUCCUAAAUAUCCUAUUCCUGCUGUAUUAGAACCUUCUCAAGUACAAUAUCUAGCAUCGUUGAAUAACAUUAAUAAUGGUUGUAACUUUAGUACAUCGGUUUCUAAUUCAGUAUCGAUAUCACCUUCAUCAAAUCCUUUUGGAUCAUAUUCUAAUUAUACUACAAGUAUAAAUUCAGAAUUGCCUUCAAUGAGAAGAGAACCUUUUAAAUUACCAGAAGAAUAUCAUUUACCAAUUUUUUUACCAUUGAAAUCUGUCGCAAAGGAUCAAACUGUCACAGAUUUCACUUUAACAAGAAAUAAUUCAGAUAGUAAACAUGCUGAUUUUUCUACUUUCCAUUUUGUCAAUGCUCAUUCAGAAACUAUUGCAAGCAUAUAUCCUCCAGUUGCAUGGAAUAUCGCACCAGAUGAACAACCUCCACAUGAACAUCCACAUUGUAAAAACAACAUUAAGACUGUAGAUGGUCUAUAUUCCAUUAGAUUGACUCCAUUUAUUGAUCCAUCUAUUGAUGAACAAGAACAAGCUGAUUUUGUAAGGUCACAAGGCUUAUAUUUUGAUCCAAUUAUUAGAACAGCAGGGCCUGAAUCACAAUUGGUUAUUGCUAGAUAUAUGAAUAGUUUUGCUUCAAUGCAUAAUUAUAACGAUUUGAAAUUGAAAGAAUAUUUUAAACCAAUUCUAUUUAAAUCUAAUGUCGUAUCAAGAUUGCAUGGUUGUGUGAAAGUCGAUAGAAAUGGCCAAUGGUAUAUCAAGGAUUUUAAUUCUUCGAGUGGAACAUUUUUAAAUCAUAAACGUAUUUGUUCUUCAAAUGAUAAAGAUAAUGAUACUUUGAUGGAUGGUGGUGAUCAUUUAUUGCAUGACGGUGACGUAAUUCAAUUAGGGAUGGAUUAUAAUGGUGGUAGAAAUCAAAAAUUCCGUUGUGUUAAAGUGAAAGUCGAAUUAAAUUUAUCAUGGAAAAUUAAAUCAAGAAAUUAUAAAAAAAUGGGUCUUGAAAAAUUGCAUACGUUAAAUACAAUGAAUUUAUUAUCAAAUGAUGCUAAUGCCUUGGAAUCAUGUUCAAUAUGUUUAGAGGAACUAGAUCCUUGUCAAGGUAUAUUUAUUUCACCAUGUAGCCAUACGUGGCAUUUCAAUUGCAUUAGAAGAUUAUUAUUAUCUAAUUAUCCACAAUUUAUUUGUCCAAACUGUAGAGCCACUACAGAUUUGGAAGCUUCAAUGGAUAAUUUAGAAAUUCAAACAACAUCACCAUUGGUUUCUAGUGGUAAAAAUACUCCAGUACAGGGUGCAGGACAUCCACAUAGUCCCUUGACUGAUAAUGUGAUGUGA